AUGUCACAAGAUAAUGAGACAGAUCAUCUUUUACAAGAUGCUGAAGAGUACAAAACUACCAUUGAAGAUUCUGCUGGACAGAGCAUUGAUGAAGUAGUUGAUGAGAAAAUAGAACAGAAGUUUAAUGAAUCUCAACAAUAUCAAAUUGAUCAAUUACAGCAAAGGCUACUGAUUCUAGAGCAACAACAUCUCUUAUUAUUACAACAACAUCAUGACGUUCAACAACAACUCAAACGAGAAGAGAAAUCUGAAAAGUUAGAGAAGGUAAAUACUUAUGGAGAAAUCAUCUUGACUUUCAUCAAAUCAUUAAAUCGUAAUAAUAUGAUUCUAACAUUCUUUGUCAAUACUAUUGUCAUAAUGAUGAUAAAAUCAUUUAGUUUUUUUUAUCGAAAUAAGGUCGUCAUAAUCAAAUUAUUCAGGAAAUACGUUUGUAUGGCAUACAGGAUACUUAUAGGUAAGAAGUAA